AUGCUGUCCCGCGUGCCCAAGCUACGCAAAGCACGCAUAGCCGGGUACCGACGUUCCGUGCGCUCCGGCGACGGACCCAACACGCUCGCAUUCGAUGCGGUAAACUUUGGUGAGUGGAGCGGCGAAGAAGUCGUUAAAGGCGUUGUUUUUCAAGCGUUCAAUUUGGAGGAGGAGCGUCGUGUGAUUGAGUAUGCGGGUGGUUCUGGCGAGGUGAAGCAGGUGGUCAUGAAGGUUGCUUGUCCGAGUGUGCUGGGCCUGGCGGGAAAGAUGGAGACGGUGCUUGGGAGGAUCUUUGUUCCUGAGGGCGAUGGCGAUACUCUUGUCGGGAGUGAGGACAGUAACCGCAGCACGAUGGCUGUGGAUGGCGAUCGCAACGAAGAGUACAUCGACGAGUUCAGCGACGAGGACUUCUCCGAGACCAGCUCGCAGGCUACCGUCGAGGGUCACCCGACUCCACGUAUCUCACCUUCGAUCUCGACUCUCAACGACGCGGACGUUCCGCACAGGUCUCUAGAUGAGCUUCCGCUUUCUGCCAUCAAUGAGCACCCAGCGGAUUCCAUGAUCGAAAUUACCGACUGGGCGGCUACAAGACACGUUGAGGACGUCAGCCUGAUCGAGGAGCCUGAGCAAGUUCAAGAUGUAGAGGAAAUCGAGGUCGAGGAGUCCGACGAGUCCGAGGAAGACGACCAGGAGACUGAAGGCGCUCAAGAGACGGAGGAACCCGAGGCUACCGAAGACAAGACCGAUACCGAGUCCAUGAACAGCACCAGGUCUCUGAGGCCAUCGGAUUUCCAGAGAUUCCUCGGCGCGACUUCCGCACGGGAAGUGCCCUCACCUUGGCAACCAACCGUUCCCUGGCGCAAAGAGUCCGCCUUUGAGCCUAUUCGUAACCAUAUCGUACGCACUCCCAGCCAGUUCAGCGGUACUGAGACUAGGAGACGUAAGACCAGCGACAGCAUCAAGUCUCUCGUCGACCACUUCGAGAACUUGUCACCAGCGAGCACGCCCACCAAGGACAAGUUUGGCAAGGACGGCUCUUUCAAGGACGGUUCUAUCAAGGGCGGUUCGAUCAAGGACAGUUUCAUUCAAGACGAUUCUGUCAAGGACGCCUCUAUCAAGGACAGCGCUGUCAAAGACGAUUCCAUAAAGGAUACCUGA